AUGCCCGCUGUAGGCAGCGGUCCUGGCAAGACUGCACCGAAACUACUUCAGGACUUCCUCCUCUUCGACCCAACGAAAGGCGAAGAUAAAUUCCACUACCUCCUCGACCUCAGCCGGCAGGUAGGAUAUGGGCCACAGAAAGAGCCUGUCAUCGGCAGCUGCAAACAUGAGUACCGUACAAAGAUCGAUCAAAGCGUGCUGCCGCCGCUGGACCUGAGACCUGAUGGUGGAACGGAGUACAAGAGCGCGGUAGUAUGCAAGAAAUGCAGGAUACAUGCAGACGUCCAUGUUGCAUUCGCGCACGCACCGAAUCCUUGUCCAAAUUCCGAGCACCCUCUUCACCACUUUCAGCGGACGCCUGGAGAUGAUCUGGUGGCGCGAGACCGUAUCGUGUAUGGCUGGCAAUGUAGUUCUCAGUCGUGUGGCGCGCAGCUACGCGUGGUCUACAAGGUGCCAAGGAUUAGUCCUCAAGAACGGGACCUACUCACCAACACCGAGCAUUUGAAGAGGCGGUACGAGGCCGUACUAGCGAAGACUCCGGGCAGAGAGGGCAUAACGCAGGCAACACCAAGCGACGCCUUGCAUCGACUGAGACGGUACAUCGGAGAUUCUCUCAACCCUGAAAACACCAGGAGGGAGUUGAGAGCACACAACAAGAAGUUUCAGGAGGCUUUCGGCCUGUACGGGCAGGAAGGACUUGAGCUUCUGCAGAAUUUGGGCUUCGUAUUCACACCCGAAAGCGACGAAAACGAAGCAACAUGGCAGUUACCCAACCCCACUCCAGUAAAGGACCGCCUACGUGCAGAUGGCUCAAGCCAGCGCGAGCUCCUCGAAGACUGGGAGGCUGAGCUCCUGGCCCUCUUGUUCGAGCAGUCAUCAACGACUGGCGCAACCAACCCAGCAGCGGCGGCAGGAUGGCCAUCAGCAGACAGGGACAUGGAGCGUGUUCUUGCAGUGCAAGGUUGUGAGUCUAUGUUGUUGCCCAAACAAACACACAGGCCUAAAUUGCUGACUGCUCCAGAUACGCGACACGCUGCCGCGAGGCGCACUGCAGUAUCAAACGACCAGGUUCCAUACUUCUCGUCUCUUGGCGCAUUGCCUGAUUUCGCGGACUCAAUUAUUGAAUGGGCGUACGAACGACAGUCUCUAUGCGAUCCAGCUGAAAAAGCAUACUACUUUGAAUGUUUGCAGGUCAUCUCUGAAAGUCGCAGCAGCGAAACGCUCCAGACCAAGGUCGCCAUUAUGCAAUCGCAAGGUGAAGUCAGCCGUCGCGACCUCUCUGCCGCUUACAGACAGCUGGGCGUUGCCAUACAUGAGGCGGAACAGGCUGACGACGAGCGCAUCAUGAACUUGUUUCAAGUGCGGCAAACAUGUUCUGGACCAGCCGUCCAAGAAGACAACCGGCAGGCGCUCUACAAGAUCGGCAUGCACAGAGGCAGCCAGAUGCUCAUCAAUGCUUCGCGCCAGUCAAUAGACACAUACAAGGAUGCUCUUACCUGGCUUGGCCACGGCGCGAAUGCAUCCACGGAAGACGAUGCGCUGAUAGCGAUUGCCGGCGCAAAGGUGAGCAUUACUCCGGCGGCCGCCGCUUCCCACAGCAUGACUGACGCUUUGCAGAUGGGUGAUAGCAAGGCCGACGAGGAGCUGGCUCGAAAAGCCAUUUCUGUGAUUGCACAAGAACGCAAGUCUGAUCGACUCAACCAGUGGCUCCUCACUGGACAGACGGGCGGUUACGAGAUGAGUCCAGAUGAAGCACUCCGCAUCCUGGGCCAGGAUGUCAACUUCGCUACUGUCGAUAAGGCGAUGCUGCCAACUAUUUACUUCACCGCGCGUGAAGACAGACCAGGUGAACAGACCGAAAAAGCCAUUGCAGUAUUGGAGAAAGCGACUGAAGCAGACGCCGGCGGUGCGUGGUCGGCAGACAACUCUCCAGUCGGCCUAAUCAGCCACGGCAACACAUGCUAUCUCAACAGCAUCUUACAGUACUAUUUCAGCAUCAAGCCACUCCGCGACGUUGUCCUGAACUACGAUGAGUACAAGCUCAACACGGAGAAAAUUCCCGAAAAAGUCGAACACGUUGGGCAACGAGCGAUAUCUCUGGUGGAAAUCAAAGGUGGCCAGCGCUUUGCGGAAGACUUGCGAGAGCUGUUCAAGAGGAUGAUCAGCAGCCCAGAACGAGCUGUUCGUCCGGAGACAGACCUCGUUUGCCGCGCUUUCCUACCACCGCAGGAGUUCGCCACGAUUGGAGACAAAGGAACGGAAAGCACACAGAAGUCAGCCAACGAGCUUGUCAACGCCAUGGACGAGAAGAUCUCUGAUGAACCAGCUGCUGCUACACCCGAGGUUAUCCAGGCAAGACACCAGUCUGCCGCGAGCAGUGUUACUCUGCAAGGUGAUAAGCCGCCUACGCCGCCUGCGUCGCCUAUUUCGAAACCAACUACCGAACAGGAAACAUCGGAAGCCCCUCCACCACUACCGCCUCGAAGAUUGUCCUCGAGCAAGCAAGACGCGUUGCACAAAGCCGAGGAGAACGCUCGGCAGCAGCAAGACGUUACAGAAGUUCACGACAACAUCAUGUGGCGCCUAAGAGCUGGUAUGAAGCCUGAAGGCAUGGACAGUGAGAAAGAACAGGACGAUCCGCUGCGGGACCUGUUCAAGAUCAAGGUACUGGACACGACUGUGGCGAAUGGUCAGGAUAUCUCCACAAAAGAGCAGAACGACUCUUGGUUGCGCACGAAUGUCGCUCACGAAGAGACGGACAUCUACUCCGCUCUGGAUGAGGUAUUUGAUCUGCAGCCUAUCACCAAUGAGAAGGCUGAGAACACCAAGGACAGAUAUUACAGUCUUCAGUCAUUGCCGCCUCUGAUGCAGAUUAGCAUUCCACGCAAUGAUUGGAACAAGCAGCGCGGAUGUUCCGAGAAGAUCGACAAGCAAGUCGUGCUCCACGAUGAGAUCUACUUUGACCGAUACACCAGCAGUGACCCGCAGAUCAUGGAGCGGCGAAGAUUGUGCUGGGAAUGGCGACGCCGAUUGCAGACACUGAAGAAGGAACGCAGGGCUAUUCUUCAGACCGAAACCGAAAUCGACGGUCUCAAGACCGUACAAGAGACCGCCAGCUAUCUCCGAGAACUCUCCGCUCUCGAGAGCGAGCUGCAUGAUGUUGAUAUGAGGCGCGUCAUCGUUGACUCGGACCUUAUUGACGCCGUCGAGAGCACUGCAGGUGAGCUCGCUCAGCAACUCGAGCAAAUGGACCAAGAAACAAAAGAGCUGGAGAACAAGCUGAAGGGCCAAUUCGAUGGAUUCAAGGAUAUCAAAUAUCAGCUCGCCGCCGCGUUCGUCCACCGAGGCAACCACGCUGGGGGCCACUACUGGAUAUGCAUACGCGACUUCGAGAGCGGAAAGUGGCGCAAGUACAACGACGAGACGGUGGAAGAAUUUGGCGACAUAAACGACAUUCUCGCACCUACGCAGUGGAUGCAAGGCACACCCACAUUCGCCAUGUAUGUGCUCAACAACAAGGGCAAGGACUAUUUGCAGCCUGUGUGUCGUGAGGUGCAGCGCGAAGUGGUAUCGGUGGCUCAGCAGUCUGCAUUUGACUGGAGCGACGGUGACGCGCCAAUGCACGAAGCGCCGAAUGGCAUCGCUAUUGAUCCAAAGUUGACGAUCAAAGAGAGCGAUGCAAGCUGGGAUCCAGAGAGGGAGGUCCCUGCUGAGAAGUGGUAG